CAGUUUGAUAAAUAACUCGCACUUAGCAUACGGACUACAUAAAAAUUGUUUACGGAAUAUAUGUUCAUUCUAUCAAGCAUUCUCCACCAGUGUUAAUUAAUGAAACUUUAUACAUGUCCAUGUUUUGAAAAUGUUUGUGAGAAAGUGAAGAAAAUUUUGGCUGUACAUUGUUUUGGUUAAAUGGUACGUUGUUCUAAAUUAUCGUAAGAAGGAACAUAAACUGGUAAUUAAAUGGAAAUUUACGACGAUGAAUUUUUUUAUGAGAUGUUUGAUAUUUCCAACAUGUUUGCUGUUCGUUCUUACAUAUUACCAAUAUGACUCCAUGAUGAAUUAUUUGCAAAUGCCUUUUUUUAAAAGCUAUAAGAGUAUUUAUAAUAAGCUGGUAACAAAACAUAAGUAUGGAAAUCAAGAGUUUUUGAUUAAGACGCCAAGAUGUUCCAUACCUAACUACACAAAAUACUUAAAAUUUACAAAUACAACACACAUGAAGGCAAGUUGUGGAGAGAGAGCAGUAUUUAUUAAACAAACAGGAAACAAUAAAAUUGUAUUCGAAAUUGACAAGAAGAAACUAUCAAAAUAUACAAAGAAAAAACGGAAAAUCACCUGUUGUUACGAAUUUGGUCUAAUUGGUUUUGAUAACGACACUUUUAUGUACACUAGAUGUAUACCGUUUCAAAAUGGAAAAGAAAUUAAUCUUCUUCACGAAGUCGUAACUGUUACUUGUAGCACUCAAAUCAGUAAAAUGGAGACUGACAUUGUAUACAAGGACUCGUAUAUAUUAGUCAAGAAGAAAGAUAAGAUAAAAUCUAGCACAACCAAGCCAUGGAACAUUCUCGUUCUGGGAAUGAGCACCAUGUCUCGUGGGCGCAUAUAUGAUGCUAUGCCCCGUACAGUACAAUACUUACAGGCAAACAAAUGGCUUGACUAUAGAGGAUAUCACACGGUAGGCGACGAAAUGCUUCCUAACGUGGUAUCUCUACUAACUGGCAAAGAAAUAACAACAGUGAAUCAAAAUUGCAGUACAAAAAUAUGGGAUAAAUUUAGAAAUGCAGGAUACAUCACUGCCUUUGGAGAUGAUUACUUUCAACUACCGGAUGGAAACUCCAAAAAUAUAUUUCCACCUUUCUCUACAGAUCAUCACGUAUGGCCUUAUUUCCACGUUAAAUAUAAGAAAAGAAAAGGCAAUAUAUUUUGUACAGGAUAUUCUCCAUCGGGUAAACAUCUGCUUGAUUACGCGCACCAAUUCGUUGAUACAUACAAGAGAAAUAAUUUCUUUGGAAUGUUCUGGAUAAACACGUUUAGCACUAGAAUAGAAACGACACCUAGACUCAUCGACGCUGAUGUAGUUGCUUUCUUUGAAAACAUCAACAAAACUGGCUCACUGAAUAAUACGUUUGUGUUAUUGCUAAGCGAUCAUGGCAUGAGUUUCGGAGAUUUCAAAAAGUAUCAAGACACGUAUUACGAGAAACGACUUCCUAUGUUAUUUAUGUGGGUGCCUUAUGAAUUUCAAAAACUAUAUUCAAAGGAAUUCAACAACACAAAAAUAAAUCAAUAUCGAAUGCUAUCGCCGCAUGACGUGUACUCGACUAUAAUCGAUAUAUUAACCUUCUCCAAUCACACAAACGCAAGUUCAGAAGCAUGUUCGCAAUGUACUAGUUUAUUUAAAGAAAUAUCACUACAAAGAAAAUGCGCAGACGCUGGAGUCGACGACGUAUGGUGCGCAUGUCACUUCCUAGAAUAUAUAGACGAUAAUAAUGUAAGAGUUUCGAAAAGCAUAAAAUUAGUUGCGAAUUACAUACAAAACAAAUCAAACACCGUUAAAACAAUUCCUUAUAUGAAGUGUGACGAGCUGCAUAUUAAGACUGUCUUAAGAACACAAACUUAUAGUGAGAAUAACAAAAUAUAUUAUUUAAUUGCAGUGUUAAUGUCUCCAGGUAAUUUUUCGUUUGAAGCCAAAGUACUAGAUGACGGAAAGGAUUUAAGUAUUGUAUUACCUGUUAUGAGCCUUUCACGCCAUGGAAGGGGUAAUUGUGCUAUAGAUCCAAAUGAUCGUGCGUUUUGUUUGUGCAAUAUCACCGCAUUAACAUAACAAAAUAUUGAUUCUAUAUGUGAUAAAAGCAUUUCAAUAUUAUAUUAAACUGUUACUUCAA